AUGCCAUCAUCAAUCUGUGAACGCUUUGGCGGUCGCACAUUCAUAUACCAGAGUCAUCGUGCUGACGGUCUUCCCCCACUGGCUCGAACACAACUAUUCGUUUUUCUGGAGUGGCAUCGGACUCAAUCUGGAGGCGCUGUUGAGUGUUGGCGACGAUGGAUUGGAGGAUGGAAUACAAUUGCAUCCCUCCCACUGAGAAUAUGGGCACAACCGCCAAAGACUUUCUUUCGUCGUUAUCAACUUAGUCAUCAUCCGUGA